AUGGAUGGCCGGAAGAAGAAGAGAAAGGUCCUCUUGAUGGGCAAGAGUGGCUCGGGGAAGUCGUCUAUGCGCUCGAUCAUAUUCAGCAAUUACGUUGCCAAAGACGUACGGCGGCUGGGAGCCACGAUUGACGUUGAGCAUAGCCAUGUCAAGUUUAUGGGGAACCUGACAUUGAACCUCUGGGAUUGCGGAGGCCAAGAUGCCUUCAUGGAGACUUAUCUCGCCUCGCAACGAGGGAACAUCUUCUCCGACGUCGCAGUCCUCAUCUACGUCUUUGACAUCGAGUCGCGCGAAGUCGAGCGCGAUCUAGACACAUACAUGGCCAUCAUCGGCGCAUUGAGAGAAUACAGCCCGCACGCCUACGUCUUCUGUCUCGUCCACAAGCUCGACCUCAUACAAGCCGAGCACCGGCAACGCAUCUACGAGGAGCGCUCCGCUCUCAUUCGCAGCCGCACCGAACAUUUCACAAUUGAUACGUUCGGGAGCAGCAUUUGGGACCAAUCCCUUUACAAAGCCUGGGCGGGAAUAGUCCACAAACUCAUCCCAAAUCUUACAGUGAUCGAACGAUUUCUGCACGCUUUCGCCAAGCGCAUCGACGCCGAGGAAGUCAUUCUAUUUGAGCGCUCCACGUUCCUCACAGUCACCUCCGUCUCAUCGGAGAUUGGCGAUCUGAACCCGAUAUACGACCGCCAUGAGCGAUUAUCGAAUAUCAUGAAGGCGUUCAAACACUGCGCCGCUCGCAAUACACAUACAACGCCCGCCUCGGCGGGGUUCGUCGUCAUGCACACCAAAACACCCCAGUUCAAUGUAUUCCUCGGCCGAUUCACAGAUAACACAUACAUAUUCAUCGUUGUACCACCAGGCGAGGCAGCAUACAACUGCGCCGUGCUUAAUACCAUGCUCGCCAGAGAGGGCUUCUCUAAAGCUGCAGGUGCCGUACAUGGAGACAGCUUCCCGCUUCCUGCGGCCGACUUCCCAGAUGAGUCGAAUAGCAACUAA